GAGCAGGGGGAGGAGGAGGCUAGGGUUGCUCGGCGAUGGCGUCGGCGGCGAAGACCCUUGCACGGGUUGGAUCAUCCCUCUUCGGCCGCAUUCUCGCGUCUCCGUCCUCGUCCAUACCCCGCGCCGGGCUGCCGCUAGCCAGGCUGCAGCCACACGUCCCGCCGCCGGCACCGGCGGGGGUGGACGCUUACGAGGCGGAGACCAUCGCCAGGCUGAGCUCGCUCCCCGGCGAGAUAUCCUUCCCCUGCGGACUUCCCUCGCUCCGCUUCUUCAUCGACGACGUCGAGGAUCCUGUUCCUAAUGACCCCUUUCAGUUGCUCCCGAAAAGAACUUACCAGCCCAGUACAAUCAAGCGGAAAAGAACCCAUGGAUUUCUUACACGUAAAUCGACCAAGGGUGGGCGCAAGGUGAUUGCCCGGAGAAUCGCCAAAGGCAGGCACAGAAUCUCAGUUUAGCUAGAUCUCGCUCGUAGCAGCCCUGGAUGUUUUCUGUAACACAGAUUCGUAUCGUGUUCUUUCUAUGGUUAGCACUCUGCUGAAGGUGAGCCCCCGCGCAAGCAGCAGUCCAUGUAUGGAUUUUUAUUGUGAAACUUUUUUUUGGGUGGUUUCAGUCCUGGCCAUCCGUAGGAUAUGCCUUCUUCCAUUUUAUUUUGCCUUUGCUCUCCCUGGUCGGUGCGGUGCAGCCGUACGCAUCAGUGGCGGAUGCAGAACAAAAUUCUAGGUGGGGCCGAUAGUGCAAGAGACAAAUCACCAGACUAGACCAUAAAUAUAGAUUAAUGAU